AUGUCUAAUGAUCCUCAAGUUGAUUUGUUGAAUAUGGAUCACACAACAGGAGAGUUUUUAUAAAUGCCACUAAGAAAUAAUUUUUUUUAAAGAUUUGAAACUGAGUUUUUAGCAGAACCUUGGGAUGCACCAAUUGGACCAGCCAAGAAGAAUAACUAAAAAGUUAGAUCAAUCAAAUUUAAACAUCCAAUAUCUCGUUUAUAACCUAGGUAAUUAACAACAGAACCACCGAUUACUCCUAAAAGACCUAAGAGUUGCCAACAAAAAAAUUAAUUCUUAGAUCUAGGAAUACCAGCUGCUACUCCUACUUAUAAUAAAAUCAUUUAAAGAAUUAUCAUUUCUUCACCACACAAAUCAUCAAGGAAAAACUCAACUAGUUAAUAUCGAUAAAAAUGUUUAUAGAGUAUGUUGGUUGCUUAAAAGUAAAAUAGUUAAUUAUAAAAUUUGACGCAUUCAUCAAGUACUUACUUCAAUUUUAUUUCUUAAAUAAAUCCUGUAUCUUAAAAACAUAAAACAAAUAAAGAACCUUAGUUUAAAGCAUAUAAGUUUAAACUAAAAAAUAUGUUAAACUGA